AUGGCAAAAUUGCAGGCUUUCGUAACGUUGAUUUAUGCCUUGAUAAGGCAAGCUCAGUCAUUGCAAACAACUACUAUAGCUCCUGCUGUGCCUUGUGAGAAUCUGACAUUGCCAUCACUGCCAGGACUCGAAAUCUCCAGCGUGCAAGGCCUGACAGCUCACAACUAUACAAAUCCUCUUGCUCCCGGUGUGCCACUUGACAUCUGCAACGUCAAAGUGAGCUACAACCACCCAGGAGAAAAUGAUAUUACCUGGGUCAACAUCUGGCUGCCUUUGAACAAUUGGAACGGACGGUUUCAGGCCACAGGUGGUGGAGGUCUUGCAGCUGGUUUCGGUGAUUACUAUCUACUCGGCGCGGCUCCCUUUGGAUACGCUACAGGGACAACGGACGGAGGGCUGACUUUGAACAACACCAUUGACCCUCAAACUGGUCAGUGGGCGUUGGCAAAGAACGGUACUCUCAACCAAAGUCUCGUCAAGAACUUUGCGCACCGGGCCAUACAUGACAUGACGGUUAUAGGCAAGUCACUAACCCAGAAAUUCUACGGCAAGAGUUCAACCUAUUCCUACUACACUGGCUGCUCGACCGGUGGACGCCAGGGCUAUUUCGCCGCCCAGGUCUAUCCUGCAGAUUUCGACGGCAUUAUGGCCAACGCUCCUGCAUUGAAUUCGCCCAAGAUCUCGCCAGGUGACUUUUGGCCGUCUGUGGUGAUGCAUAACUUGGGCGCUCCACCGCAGUGCGUCCUGGAUGCAUACUACAAUGCCACCCUCGAGUACUGUGACCCUCUCGAUGGCGCUACGGACGGACUUAUUUCGAACUUGGGCACCUGUGACUUCGAUCCGCAAUCCCUUGUCGGGAAAAAGGUUGACUGUGGCGGCCAGAAUGUCACAAUAUCAACAACUUUUGCAGAUGUCGUUUCUCGCAUCUGGGCAGGCAGCACCUCAACAUUUGGAGCUUCUUUGUUCCCUGGAAAUCCUCGAGGUGCCAACUUCAGCGGUCUGGCGAAUACAACUACAACCAAUGGAGUCACAGUGCCUGUUCCUUUCUCGGCUGCAGAAGCCUGGAUCAAGUACCUGGUCGUCCAUGAUCCCAACUACCCGACGAGGAACAUGUCCUUUGCAGAUUUCGAUUCCGUGUUCGGACAGUCCGUUGUCGAAUUCUCGGGUAUUCUGGGCACAAUGUCACCCGAUCUGUCACAAUUUCAGAAACGUGGUGGGAAGCUGCUUACAUGGCACGGGCUGGCAGACCAGUUGAUCACGCCUUACAGUACCAUGUUGUACCGUUCGGCACUCUCGCGCGAGAUGGCGCUUACUCAGUCUCAACUGAACGAUUUCCAUCGAGUCUUCUUCGCUCCGGGGGUCUCGCAUUGUGGCGGUGGCAUAGGGCCGGUGCCGACAGACCCUCUCGCGGCUCUAGUGAGCUGGGUUGAGUCUCGCAAGGUUCCUGACACAUUGCCGGCAGCUAUUCCCACUUCUCCCUCCAGUAAUAUUACACGAAAUUUGUGCCCGUAUCCCCAGCUCCUCACAUAUGAUGGGAAUGGAGAUGUCAAUGACGCAAAUAGUUUCUCCUGCACCUAA